AUGGAUCUGAGCGAUCCCCCGUGUAAGAGUGAGGUGGAGGAGGACAUUCCAGUCCAUGUGACCACAGGUGGACCUAUUAGGAGAAAUCAACCAGAGAAAUAUCCCAGCUCUCCGUGUUCUGUUGACUACCCAGAGGAAAAUCCUUUAUGUUUUAUUAAUGAAACCCAACUUAGGAAUCAUCAGAGAGGUCACACAAGGGAGAAUCCAUAUUCCUGUUCAGAAUGUAAGAAAUGUUUUACAGCAAAAUCAAGUCUUGUUAGACAUGAGAGAAUUCACACAGGAGAGAAGCCGUAUUCAUGCUCAUUAUGCGGGAAGUGUUUUACAAAUAAAUCAAGCCAUGUUAUCCAUGAGAAGAUUCACAGAGGAGAGAGGCCAUUUUCAUGUUCAGAAUGUGGAAAAUGUUUUAUAAAAAAAACUGAUCUUGUGAAACAUCAGAGAAUUCACACAGGAGAGAAUCCAUAUCCAUGUUCAGAAUGUGAGAAAUGUUUCAUUACUAAAGAAAAACUUAGGUAUCAUCAGAAAAUUCACACAGGUGAGAAGACCUUUGCAUGUUCCAAGUGUGGAAAAUGUUUCCUUAAAAAAUCAAUUCUUGUUAUUCAUAAAAAAAUUCACACAGUGGAGAAGCCGUAUUCAUGUUCAGGAUGUCAGAAAUGUUUUAAAAAUAAAUCAGUUUUUUUUAGACAUCAGAGAAUUCACACUGGUGAGAAACCAUUUACAUGUUCAGAAUGUGGGAAAUGUUUUACACAUAAAUCAAAUCUUAUUACACACGAGAGAAUUCACACAGGGUCAAAGCCAUAUUCAUGUUCAGAAUGUGGGAAAUCUUUCGCAAGCAAAUCAAGUCUUGUUAGACAUAAUAGAAUUCACACAGGAGAGAAGCCGUAUCCAUGCUCAGAAUGUGGGAAAUGUUUUACAAAUAAAUCAGAUCUUGUUAAACAUCAGAAACGUCACAAAGGAGAGAGGUCGUACUCAUGUUCAGAAUGUGGGAAAUGUUUUGUUACUAAAGAUAACCUCAAGCUUCACCAGAGACAUCACAGGGGAGAGAAGUCGUAUUCAUGUUCAGAGUGUGGAAAAUGUUUUCUUACUAAAGACAACCUCAAGCUUCAUCAGAGAACUCACACAGGAGAGAAGCCAUAUUCAUGUUCAGAAUGUGGGAAAUGUUUUACAAAUAAAUCACAUCUUGUUACACAUCAGAGAAUUCACACGGAACAGAAGCCAUAUUUAUGUUCUGAAUGUGGGAAAUGUUUUACACAAAAGGCAAAUCUUGUUGCACAUCAGAGAACUCACACAAGAGAGAAGCCAUAUGGAUGUUCAGAAUGUGGAAAAUGCUUUACACAAAAGGCAAAUCUUGUUGCACAUCAGAGAAUUCACACAGGAGAGAGGUCAUAUUCAUGUUCAGAAUGUGGAAAAUGUUUUACAGAUAAAUCUGAUCUAGUCAUACACAAGAAAACUCAUAAAGAGGAGAAGCACUUUUCAUGUUCAGAAUGUGGGGAAUAUUUUAUUACUAAAGCCAAACUUAAAGCUCAUCAGAGAAAUCACAAUAGAGAGAAAUCAUUUUGAAGUUCUGUAUGUACAAAGAAGUCAAAUUUUGAAAUUCCCCAAAGAAUUCACAUAUAGAAGAAGUCAGAUUCUUGCCAUAACAAUUCCAUCACCAUUCUCUCAAGUCAAUUUAUCAUUUUUUUACGGUAAACUUCUGCCUUUAUAUUUUGACAAACAUGUCUGCUCCUGUGGUCAAAUGCUUCUUCUUUCCAUAGCAUAUGGGUCUA